AUGUCUAGCCCCCUCGAACCCGGUCCCACAAACGGGUUCCGGUCGCCGCAGGGCGGUUCUCCCUCUCCAAUAGUCGCCCGUGGUCACCAGAGCGAUAGUGACCUCUCUGAUGUGCACGAUAAUGCCGCAGUACCUGUUUCAUCGUCGCCGUCGCCGGAUCCCAACGACUCGACUGGAUACAUCAACGGAGCACCCGACUUUGCCGAGAGCGACAGCUCCGGUGAUGAUAAUAAUGCUUCUGAUGACGCAGACUUUGACAUGGAUGAUGACGCGGCAUCCAUUGUCCAGAGUGACGGAGCUGGCGAUGCUCAUUCAAGCUCCAACGACUCUCAACGUCCGUCAAAGCGCAAGGUCGCCGCAAGAGAAGACGAAUACAUCAAAGCAAAUCCAGAGCUGUAUGGCUUGAGAAGAAGCUCUCGCCCAACACAGCAGCGCAAGAUGGUCGAUUCUUCCGACGACUCUGAUGAUGAUUCCGACGUCGUUCCUACUAACCGAAGGACUAUCAAGAGAAGACGUGUAGAAACCUCAAGACAAUCUUCGAAAAGAGGUACUCCCGCGCGACAGCCGUCCGUCGACUCCGAUUCCGAUUCUGAUAACUACGGCGGUGCACGCGCAAAAAGCCUGCAAAAGAAGGCACGGCGCCAGCGAGAAGCCCAGCCAAACGUGGUCUUCGCUGAGAAGCGUUGGUCCAGUAGGCGGGCCGCCCAAGUGCAGCAAGGAGCAUACGAAGAGAGCGACGUUGACGAUGAGGAUGAAGACGCGUCCGAGCUCACACCCAAUUACUAUGCUGCAGACGUCGUUGACGAUUCUCCCUACAUCGACAAGGUCCUGAAGCAUAAGCUAAAAGACGACCUCGACCUCUCAUGGAGUUCCGGCAAAGACGACUUCGAAUACUACAUUAAGUGGCAAGGGAAAUCGCAUAUGCACGACACUUGGGAGACCACAGACACACUUCGCGGUCUGCGAGGCUACCGCAGGAUCGAAAAUUACUACAGAGCCGUCGUAGAACACGAACUUUACAUCCGAUUCGGUGAUGACAUCGCACCCGAAAAUAAGGAACAAUUCUUCUUGGAGCGCGAGCGAAAAGAAGAGGCGUUGGAGGAUUUUACCAAAGUAGACAGAGUUGUCGCAGUGCGAGACGGCGAUGACGGCGACGAAUAUCUCGUCAAGUGGAAGGGUUGCUACUACGACGAGUGUACGUGGGAAGCCGCAUCUGCUAUCAACGCAGAGUUCCAAGACAAGAUCGACCAGUAUCUGGACCGAUCCUCGCGCUCAUGGGUAUCGGACCGGAAAGAGUCGAAUCCGGAUACGCGAACAAGAAUGACGAAGCUGGAAGCGCAGCCUGAUUACAUCAAAGGCGGCGAGCUGCGCUCUUUUCAACUGAGGGGCUUGAAUUUCCUCUGCCUCAACUGGACCCGCGCCAACAACGUCAUCCUCGCCGAUGAAAUGGGUCUUGGAAAGACCGUUCAAAGUGUCUCUUUCCUCAGCUGGCUCCGCAAUGAACGGGAGCAAGAGGGCCCCUUCCUGAUUGUUGCUCCCCUCAGUGUCAUUCCAGCAUGGGGAGAUACCUUCGACAAUUGGUCUCCAGACAUGAACUAUGUCGUGUAUCUCGGAAACGAGACUGCUCGCAAUACCAUUCGUGAAAACGAACUCAUCGUCAACGGCAACCCUAAAAAGCCCAAGUUCAACGCUCUGAUUACCUCCUACGAGAUGAUUCUCCAAGACUGGCAAUUCCUCUCGACAAUCAAAUGGCAGGCCCUCCUCGUCGAUGAAGCUCACCGUCUGAAGAAUAAGGAAUCGCAGUUGUAUCAAAGACUUGUGAGCUUCGGAAUUCCUUGCAAAAUCUUGAUCACCGGCACACCCAUUCAAAACAAUCUUGCUGAACUUUCGGCACUCAUGGACUUCUUGAACCCUGGCAAAGUCAUCAUUGACGAGGAGCUCGAGAGCUUGGCAGGAAAUGACGCACAGGAGAAGCUGCAAGACUUGCAUAAAUCCAUCGCUCCUUACAUCCUCCGCCGUACCAAAGAGACUGUCGAAUCAGACUUGCCGCCGAAGACUGAAAAGAUUAUUCGCGUUGAGCUUUCCGAUGUCCAGCUGGAGUACUACAAGAACAUCUUGACCAGAAACUAUGCUGCUCUCUCCGACGCGACCGGCCAGAAGAACUCGUUAUUGAAUAUCAUGAUGGAGUUGAAAAAAGUCAGCAACCAUCCGUACAUGUUUGCCGGUGCCGAAGACAGAGUGCUGGCCGGCAGUACCCGUCGUGAAGACCAGAUCAAGGGUUUGAUUGCCAGCAGUGGAAAGAUGAUGCUUCUCGACCAGCUGUUGACAAAGCUCAGGAAGGACGGCCACCGAGUCCUGAUCUUCAGUCAGAUGGUUAAAAUGCUGGAUAUCCUGAGCGACUACAUGGUCUUGAGAGGGUAUAAAUUUCAGCGUCUUGAUGGAACCAUUGCCGCAGGCCCCAGGCGCCUGGCGAUCAAUCACUUCAAUGCCGAGGACAGCGAGGAUUUCUGCUUCCUCUUAUCUACCAGAGCUGGUGGUCUCGGUAUCAACCUGAUGACUGCAGACACCGUCGUCAUCUUCGACUCUGACUGGAACCCGCAAGCUGAUCUGCAAGCGAUGGGCCGUGCUCACCGAAUUGGCCAAAAGAAACCAGUCAGCAUCUACCGCCUUGUGUCAAAAGAAACUGUCGAGGAAGAAGUCCUUGAGCGAGCCCGCAACAAGCUACUUCUUGAAUAUCUCACUAUUCAGGCUGGCGUCACCGAUGAUGGAAAAGCUUUCCGCGACGAGAUGAACAAGAAAGGCAUUAGGGUCGACGGCCCCAAUUCUGCGGAAGAUAUUCAAUGGAUCCUCAAGAUGCGCUCUCAGAAGAUGUUCGAGCAGACCGGAAACCAGGAACGACUUGAACAGCUGGACAUUGACUCCAUCUUGGAGAACGCUGAAGUCACUAAGACCAAGGUUGACGACAAGAUGAACCUGAGCAGCGGUGGCAUCGACUGGGACAAUUUCAUGCAGUACACUGACGUAAAGGUGGACGAUCUCACACUGGACUGGGACCAGAUUAUUCCUGCAGAGGAACUUGCCGUCAUCAAAGCCGAGGAGGACCAUCGGAAGAAUGAGGAGUAUCUCGCAAAGGUCGCUGCUGAGAGUGCACCACGGAGGGCUACGAUCAAAAACCGGCAUGGAGGCGAGACGGACCGUUCGGACCGCCUCGCAAAGAAGCGCCAGAGAGAAGAACAACAACGGCAGGAGGCCGAAGAGCAACGUGCUUUACUGUCAGACCCGAAGCGGCCACUCAAUGAAAAGGAAACCCGCAAUCUUCUCAAGGCCUUCUUUCGGUACGGCUCAAUGGAAGACCGCGGCGAUGAGAUCAUUCAAGAAGCAAGACUUGGAGGACGUGACCGCGACUUCCUCAAAUCCAUUCUGGAUGACUUCACCAAGAGAUGUGGCGACGCACUCGACGAGAACAGCGCACGCCUAAUGGAUGACGAAAGGAAGCUCGGGAAGUCCCUGACCAAGAAGGACAAAAAGGCAGUUUUGGUGGACUUCGGCGAAGUUCGCAAGAUGAACGCCGAAACCGCAAUAGAGCGGCCGCAGCAACUUCGACUUCUUCGUCAAAUCUUGCAGAAGAAUGAUGACUUUAAGACUUUUCGCCUCGCCGACGCGACUAAGGCUGCCCAUUACACUUGCGAGUGGGGCGCACGAGAGGAUGGCAUGCUGCUUGUUGGCAUUGACCGGUAUGGUUUUGGCGCGUGGACGCAGAUCCGAGACGACCCUCAGCUGGACAUGGGGGACAAGUUCUUCCUCGAAGAACACCGUAUUGAGAAGAAGGAAGAGCGGAACAAGGCCUCCGACAAGGGCGUCAGCUCCCCUGGUGCUGUUCAUCUGGUGCGCCGUUCGGAGUACCUGCUCUCUGUGCUCCAGGCCAAGCACUCUACAGACCCACUGGCCCACCGAACUGUCGAAAAUCACCAUCGCAAUAACAAGCGAUUGACAAACGGGCACCGGCGCAGUGACGUGGGUAGCGCCGCCGCGUCCCCUGCACCACCGGCUUUAAAGAAGAGCAGCUCUUACAGGGAUCGAGAACGCAGCCACGGCGAGCACCAUCGCAGCCGCAGCAAUGCCGAAGAGCGAGGAACGCCGCGACCUGAUUCAAAGCGGAAGCACUCCGGGCAUGACGAAGGCCGCAUUCCCAAGCAUCGGAGAAUGGACGAGACUCGCCGUACUAAGAAUAAUGGCGAUGAGCAACAAUCUCCGAGGGCUGAUCAGCGCAGACACCGUGAUGAUGGUGAACGCAGCCAAAAGAUUCGCCGACCUGACGACAACCGGCAUGGCGAUGACCGCCGCCGUUCGAGCAACACCCCAAGAACUAAUCAGCCCGACAGCGAUCGCCGUAACCAGGCCCUGCGUCGGUUGGACCAGCUGCGCAGGAUGGGAGACAACAAGGAGGAGCGGGAGACGGAUGCAGAUGCCAUGCUAUGGUAUCUGCUUAAGCCAGUUCGAGCAAACUUUGAGGCUAUCCUGUGUACGACAAAGGAAAGAGUCAAGUCUAGCAAGGAGCGGGCCAAGAUUUUCGGCGAAGAGUUGAUUGUCAUUGGCAAUUUUUUGGAUCGCGAAUUCGUCAAGGAACGCGAUGACUCGCUGAAGAACCGCUUCUGGGAAUUCUUGGCGAAUCUUUGGCCUGUCGACAGCACUAGCAAUGAGGUGACAGGCGACCGAUUGAGCGCCAUGUAUAGAGUCCUGCGGGACAGAGAAGCGAAGAAGCAAAACGGAGACAAGCCAGUUGCCGUGGCGGCGAAUGGCACGGCUGCCGCCUCCUAG